AUGGUCGAAGCUAGCGGUGCCCCACCAGAGAAGCAGGUGCCCAGCGUCCAGGACCUGACCCCAACGUCACUUGCUCAACCUGCUCCACUCGACGGCUCUGCCACAUCAUAUUGCACCAGGGUACAACGCGAGCGCCCACGAGCUCCUACGGUCGCCGGUACCAUCGGCGAUUGUUCAUCGAACACACCCUCCGUCUUCCUACAACAUCCUGCGGCGCAUGCCACCUACGAGGCCUAUCCCUCAUCUGCCGACCGUUUCGUUCAACGAUUGGAUGAUUCACCAAUCCGGCACACAGCCUCGUCAUUUGGCUUGCUGACGACCAAAGCCCGCAAAUCGAUUAGUCCAGGCGCCCUCCGACCUAGUCAUACCUUCACCGAGCUAGCACAAGCCAGUCCUCUGUUUCAGCGUCAGACUUCCAGCCAAUUCGUCUUCACGAACUCUUUACCCCGCCGCCAAAUAUCUGCUCGAUCCAACCUUCACGGUCCCCCUGUGUAUGAAGUCAGACCCUUUCCGACACAUACGCUCGAUACGCCUUCGAGCUUCAUCAGUCUGGCGUUCCGAGCGCUUCGAACUGCUGGCCUUCUUGCCGGCCUUGGUCUGACAGCUCUCGCUGCCUACCAGCGCAAUCAAGAAGAGGCCAACAUGAACUUCCAAGAUGGGAGUAGGGCUCGGGGCGAUAGAGAAGCCGGCCUGAAUCGCGAAGUCGUCUACUGCCAUGCGUGCGAACACGAAUGGGAAAAGGAUACGCUUCAUGGACUCAUUUCCCAAGAGAACGAUCCUCGCGACUUCCACGAUGCCCCAUCGCCUCUCUCCUCCGGCGACGGUCCCCGUGGGCCCCGCAGGGCAGACUCCGACUCCGACCCCGACGAAGCUGAUAUUGAGGAACACUUACACCAAGGCCCCCAUGGAUUCAAUGUACAUCGAUCCACAUGGGGUCAUCCUCACGGAGAUGAACAAGGUGGGCGCCAGCCGCCUGAUCCCGCCAAUGGGGACCAGGUGAUAGGCCGCUUCCUCGAGCUCCUGAGCACAUUUGGAAACGGGGCACAAGGCGGGCCAGACUCUGACCAUGACCAUCCGCAAAGGCAUCCCCAACCAUUUGGCAGCAGUCCGUUUGGCGGUUCUGGAAAUGUGCGGACGUUUACUACUAGGCGAGGCAACGGUUUCACAAGCUUCACAAUCGCUACCGGACCGAUCCAUGUCCAAGGCGGUGGUCGGGCUCGAGCUUUUGGACGUCCUUCCGAAGAGCAGGGGCAGGGGCAGGGCAAUGAUGAUUUUCAGUCAGUUUUCAGCAACAUUCUCACGGGCGCCGGUCCACCACAACAGCCGCACGGUGAAGACAUGCCUGGACAAGGCUCACGGCCCCGCGCCGCUGGUACCCAGAACCUUGCUGCGAGUCUGCAUCAGAUCUUGAACAUGCUGGCACCAGGAAAUGGUCAAUUUGGUGAUGCGGUCUACACACAAGAAGCUCUCGACCGGAUCAUUUCCAACAUGAUGGAGACGAACCCGCAGUCAAACGCCGCGCCGCCAGCCUCUGAGGACGCCAUCGGCAAAUUGCAACGCAAGGCAGUGGAUGACGACAUGCUGGGCCCCGAAGGCACGGCCGAGUGUACCAUUUGCAUCGAUGAGCUGAAGAAGGGCGAGGAAGUGGUAUACUUACCUUGCAAGCACUGGUUCCACGACACGUGCGUUGUGAUGUGGCUCAAGGAGCACAACACUUGUCCCAUUUGUCGAACACCGAUCGAGGAGAGGACCGAAAGUGCGAGCGAUGGUCAGCAAGGUGAUGGAGGGGAAGGGAGCGGCAGACCGGCACCCGGACCAUCGAAUUCAGCGCCACCCGGUGGUGGACAACCUCCCCCGUUUUUCGGAUUCGGCAUGCCAAGUCCCCACGCAACGAACACGGGCUCUCGCACUAGGCAACGAAGCCCAACACCGAGCAGUUGGAAUCGGGAACACCAGCAGGCAGGGGCAGGCCAAGGACAGAACCAGACUCCAUCACAGGGUGGCCCGCUUAGUUGGCUGAGGAAUCGCUUGUCCAGGUCUGGUCCGAGUGACGGGCCGCCCCCGGAUGGUGAAUCUCGGUAA